GGACCCUUACUGGUCCUGGAUUUCCAAUCGUUAUACCCAUCUGUAAUGGUGGCAUACAACUAUUGUUAUUCGACGUGUCUUGGCCGAGUCAAAUAUUUCAAAGGUCAAAACAAGUUCGGAGUUUUGGAUCAUCUCGACAUUCCGGAAGGCCUUACUGGAAAACUAAAGGACCACCUAACUGAGCUAUUAGAAACUCGUGUCAUGGUGAAACAAGGCAUGAAAUUAGCUACAGGGAACAAGGUGGGAGCUAUCGAUGGAGACUCGAAGAUUAAUGACAUUGGUCACAGCCGCUGCUUCGUUAAUGUUACAUAUGGGUAUACAUCGGCUACAUUCUCUGGUAGAAUGCCAGCUGUUGAAAUAGCAGAUUCAAUCGUACAAUCUGGGCGGGAAACGCUUGAGAAUGCAAUACAAAUCAUCGAGGCGACCCCUCGAUGGGGAGCCAAGGUCGUUUACGGAGACACCGACUCCUUAUUCAUUUAUUUGCCUGAUAGAACCAAGGAACAAGCCUUUAUCAUUGGAAACGACAUUGCCAAUACAAUCACCGCAGCAAACCCUGCCCCGGUGAAACUGAAGUUCGAAAAGGUCUUUCUGCCUUCUGUACUCGUCGCCAAGAAGCGUUAUGUUGGAUUCAAAUACGAGCACCCAGAUGAAGUAAUUCCCUCCUUUGAUGCCAAGGGUAUCGAAACUGUUCGGAGAGAUGGGAUUCCAGCGGCACAGAAAAUGUUGGAAAACACUCUCAAGAUAUUAUUUCGAUCUCAAGACCUAAGCGAGGUCAAAGAAUACUGUUGGCGCACCUGGACCAAAAUCCUAGAAGGUCGUGUAUCAAUACAGGAUUUCAUCUUCGCUAAAGAAGUCAGAUUAGGCACAUAUAGGUAUGCCUUUUCGGCUCCUAAACCCUAUGAUGUGCCUAAAGAAUGCAUUACAGCGAUAAAGUGGCACCUCCUCCCGGUGCCGCAAUUGCAGCAGCCAGACUGGCAGAAGACCCCAAUGAUGAAGUUCAAUAUGGUGAUCGUGUCCGCUAUGUCGUCACUCGAGCAGGUCCCAGAGAUACAUUGA